ACUAUGAUCCCAAAGUGGUCGAACAGAAAGAGCAGGCGCAGCCUGCAUGUUUACCGUUGAGCUAUGUAUUGCGUUUCAUAUCGGAAGAUGCACGUAAAGAGAGCCCAUUUUUAUCCGCCAACAGUACGGGCGUUGAACUUAAGCGGAAGUUGGCGAUCAAACAUCACAGUUACAGUAUGUCGUCGUCAAAUCGCAGCAAUACGCCCACUGGCAGUGAAAUGGACGAUGAUGAAAUGGUUGUCUCAGAGUCGGAGGACAGCAAUGAUUCUUGGACAACUGAGGAGUUCAGUUCCGAGUUCAUAAUGCGUUACGGGAGCAGGCAUUCCGGAACCGGCAGCAAUGGGACACCGGGCAAUGAGAAGCCGUUUGCGUGUCCUGUGCCUGGUUGUAAAAAGCGUUACAAGAAUGUCAAUGGCAUCAAAUAUCACUCGAAGAACGGCCACAAAAAGGACGGAAAAGUUCGCAAAGGCUACAAAUGUCACUGCGGCAAGAGCUACAAAACUGCUCAAGGCCUGAAGAACCACGCUUUGGUGGCACACAACUCCUCGCCUGAGAGCGUUUUGAGCACACAACAUACGGCUAAUAUGACUGCUAACAACAAUGGGACCAACGUUAAUGUGGGCUCAGGCAUUAUUUUGCAACGCAGCAGUUCGCCCUCGCAGUCAUUGGGUUCCCUAAGUCCAUCCAGCAUCAGCAACAUGUCAAGCAGUGCCAGUAGCUGUCAUGGCAGUGCUACCAGCAACACUCAUAACGGCAACAGUAACUCUGCUGGCAACAAUAAUGUUGGUAACAACAACACAACCGGCGCCGUCACCAACAAUGUGUUGCAGCAAUUGGCUAAUAGUACACUUGGCAACGGAAGUCCCAAUGUGGUUGCCACCACAAAUGGGGUUGGACUCAGCUUGCAUCAUCACCAACACCAUGCACAGCAGCAGCAGCAACAUCAGUUUAGCAAUCAGCAGCAGCAGCAGCAACCGCAACUACACAGCAUUGGAUCGUCCGCAGCAGCUACAUCAGGUAACAAUAACAAUUUAGGGCGCAGCAGCAGCAGCAGCGGCAACACUACUGGCAUCAGUGGCAAUGGCCUGCUCACAGCACAAGCAGCAACUAAAACUGCGACUGCAGCUACAAACUUGUUGGCCGCUAAUGCAACGGCGAGUAAAAUACUCAAGUUGGCUACCAAUGCCGCGGCACAGGCAGCAGCAGCUGCAGCCGCAGCCAAUGCUGUUGGUACAGUUGAUAUCAUUGCACAGCAGCAGCAACAACAACAUAAGCUGCAAGCAAUCGUUGAUAAAGUACAGUCAAAACAGCAACAAAGUACAGCGACUAAAAUUGCGCUGCCAAAUUUGGUAAACUUAGGCAUUCUCACCCCGGCCACUUCGCCUACGAAACCACCUACGCAGGCAAUGGCAUUUACGCAACAACAACAACAACAACAUCCAACCCAACAACAAGCACAGCCACCACAUAAUCUUCCUUUGACACCCAUUAGUCCAAGUGGGCCAACAUUAAUCCAACAACAACAGCAAAAGGGCAUUGGGCUAUUGCAUCACCAACAACAGCAACAACAACACAAAAAACCGAAUCAGAUUAUUGGUAGCAUACACUUGACUAAUGUAUCUACAUCGACGUCAACGUCCUCAACUGUAUCGAAUGCCAACAUGAAUAACAACAAUAGCAUCAGCAACACUGCCAAUGGUAUCAGUGGUAAUAUUGUCGCUACUACGGUUGCAGCAACGGUGGGCAGCGGCGUUGUUGCUGGCGCUGGCGCUGCAGGCAUGGCGAACGCUGUUGUUGCUGCUGCUUCUGCUGACGCAGUGGUAGGCGUUGUCAACGACGAAACGUAGCCUAUACUAAAGACAUUACUAAUGCGUCGCGAAUUUAAAUAGAAGAAAAAUAUUUAGUUAUUAUAUAUUUAGAUAACCAAAAAAAAAAACUAAAUUUGCGCAAAGUUAAAGAACAUCUGACCAUUUAUAAUAAAUCGGCUGAGAGAUAGUAUGCCCGCGACAUACCUAAGCGUAUGGCUGUUGCUUGUUAUUAUAGGAAAUAAAUAAUUUCAAACUUACACCCUUUAAAGUAAAUAGAAAAAAAAAAAAAUCGUCAGUUCCUUAAAGAAUUACCGAAAUACUUUUUGAAGCAUUAUGAGCAUUUGGAAGUACCCAGAGAAUUAAAAAUAAGUACAUAUAUUCAUUCGACGCUAUUGCUGAAUUCAUUGUAGAUUUGUUUUUCGAAAAGUAGGCGAAUAUGUUAUCACUGAAUAUGCAUAGCUAUAUGUAGCUUUACUAUGAAAGUAUUUGCGUAGGAUUUUAUAUAACUAUUAUCAGUCCCCUUCCGUUAAAUCCUAGGAUGAUCUCUUUUUUUGAGAUAUUCCAAAAUUACGUUUAGCGAAGUUAUGGCUGACGGUGACCAAGGCUUUUUUACUACUCAACUCAAAACUUGCUUUGGAUAUAUACAGGUUGCUAUUACGGUACUCACGUCGGCAACGAAGUAACUCAAUAAAAGUGUUCGCUAUGCAAAAAACUUGUACAAGUUGGUACCAAUUGUUACCAAAUCCUGUUCGUUUGGCCAUAAA